UCACAACAUUCCAAUCCUUCCCACAACGUUCUCCUCCUUCUCUCCUCCCCUCUUCUGCUCUUUUCGGUGAGUGUGUGGUACUGUGACACGUAAACUUUGUCCGCCACAUUCCUCUCGCGGGAUACCUUCACCUGGGACAGGGAGAGCAGAGAAAAGACUCAUGCCUGGUCCCGAACCAGAAUAACACAGAAUCUUACAAAAACCCAAAACAAAGCAUGGAGACGAGAGAAGCUACUGCAGGUGCUUUUGUUGGCACCGACAAAAAGAAAAAAUCUGCAAAGAAGGAUGCAGCCCCUAAAGCAGUGAAACCACAGACUAAAAGCAGAAUGGAGGAAAUCUUUGGCUUCAGGAAAGAGGACCUGAGCUCCUGGGAUAACCUGGUGGCCCUUCUGAACCGACCCACUGACCCUGCAUCUCUGGGCAUCUUCCGCUGCAUGUUUGGUUUGCUUAUGGCUAUAGACGUCACACAGGAGAGGGGCCUCAGCCACCUGGAUUACAAAUAUCUAGAUGGGGUCCCCGUGUGCCGAUUUCCUCUUUUCAAUUUCUUAGAGCCCCUCCCGCUGGAUUGGAUGUAUGUGGUGUAUCUGGUGAUGUUCCUCGGUGCAGUGGGCAUCAUGCUGGGCUGUUUCUACCGUCUCUCAUGCCUCAUGUUCAUCUCGACGUACUGGUACAUCUUCUUCCUGGACAAAACAGCGUGGAACAAUCACUCGUAUCUCUACGGUCUCAUUGGGUUUCAGCUCACCAUCAUGGACGGCAACAGAUACUGGUCGCUGGAUGGAUUACGAAAACCUUCCAUAAGAAAUGCUCAUGUUCCUCUGUGGAAUUACACCUUACUGAGGAUGCAGAUCUUUAUUGUAUAUUUUAUUGCUGGAGUGAAAAAAUUGGACGCAGACUGGGUGGAGGGAUAUUCCAUGUCUUACCUGGCACACCACUGGCUCUUUGAUCCUUUCAAAGUGAUUCUUCCUGUGGAGUUAGUGAGUCUGCUGGUGGUGCACGGAGGCGGUCUAAUUCUGGAUCUCACCGCCGGAUAUUUGCUGUUUUUUGAUGCCACACGGCCAGUCGCGUUUUUCUUCGUGUCUUAUUUCCACUGCAUGAACUCUCAGCUGUUCAGCAUCGGGAUGUUCGCCUACACCAUGUUGGCAACAAGUCCUCUCUUCUGCUACGCUGAUUGGCCGAGGAGAUUCUUUGCACGCUUCCCAUCUUUGCUCAGCGGAGUCCUGCCGUUCACCACAGAGGAGGUUCAGCCCAGCACUUCCUGCCUUUACCCUGAAAUCCACAGCAACGAACGUCCAGGGACACAAAAUCCUGCAAAAGCUUCCAAAAUGAGAUUUAAGCACAAGCUGGGAGCUGUUUUUACUAUUCUUUACAUAGCCGAGCAGUUUUUCAUGCCUUAUUCGCACUUCAUCACACAGGGUUACAAUAACUGGACUAAUGGUUUGUAUGGAUACUCCUGGGACAUGAUGGUCCACUCCCGCAGCCAUCAGCACGUGAAAAUUACCUACAAAGAUGGGAAAACAGGGGAAAUCGGAUAUCUGAACCCAGGGGUGUUUACUCAGAGUCGCCGCUGGAAAGAUCACGGAGACAUGCUGAAGCAGUACGCCACCUGUCUCAGCGGGUUGCUCCCACGCUACAACAUCUCUCAUCCUGAAAUCUACUUUGAUAUCUGGGUGUCGAUCAACGAGCGCUUCCAGCAAAGGAUCUUUGAUCCUCGCGUGGACAUCGUGAAGGCAGAGUGGUCGCCUUUCAAACCAAACCCGUGGCUGAUGCCCCUGCUGGUUGACCUCUCACCCUGGAGGACCAAGUUCCAGGAGAUUGAGGGAAGUCUGGACAAUCAGACUGAGAUCGUCUUCAUUGCAGAUUUUCCAGGUCUCCAUUUGGAGAACUUUGUGAGUGAAGACCUGGGCAACACCAGCAUCCAUGUGCUGCAAGGGCAGGUGAAUGUUGAGAUAGUGGAGGAGAAGAAGAACCACACUCUGCAGCCUGGUGACCAGAUAAAGGUUCCAGCAGGGGCUUAUCAUAAAGUGUACACCAUAUCUGAGAGCCCUUCCUGCUACAUGUAUGUCUACGUCAACACCACAGAGGCAGUGCUGCUGCAGAACUUCACCAAACUGCAGGAGCUUCAAGAGCGCAUUCGCAAUGGAACAGAAACCGAGCCUCUCCCUCCUGAGCUGCAGCCUCUCAUGGCGGCAGAGGAUGACAGAGAGGCGGAGGUCAACGCCACCGACCCCGUCGUACAGCUGUUCCUGAAGAGGCAGCGUCGGAUGAAGGAGGUGAAGAAACGCAGGGAGGCGGGAGUGCUGGAGCGACUGGAUCGAUUCGCUGUUAAAAAAUACUACACAAUACGGAGGGGAUUUCUAAUGACAGCCAUUGCAAUAAGAAACCUGGCGGUAGGCCUCCCCCCUGUGGAGCAGCUGAGGAGUGAAGUAGCCUUUGCCAACAUGAAGGAACCUGAAGCAGAAGCCGAGCCAGACGAGACGCUCAAACGUGAAGUUGGUCACGCAGAACUUUAAAACUUGUCAAAACAAAAAGUAUGAUAAGGAUGAACUCCGGGUACUGAAACACACAUUCCUGCAAAUCUGUUACUGCUGGACUGUUACCGAGUGGGGUCCUCUCUGUCCAGGCCAUGAAAGUACUCUGAAGACAUGAGCAUUUCAGGUGAUUUCCAUAUGUAAUAUUCUGUUCUUAAAUUUCAGCUUUCAGCUUCCAGAACACGUUGCAGUACAACCAAAAUUCUGUAUGUUUGUGUUCAUGAUGUCACUGCCACAAAGCCAUUAGAAUAAGAUCUGCUGGAAGAUUAACUCAUAAACAUAUCAGACUAUAAAUGGGAAAGCAUGAUGCUGAAUGAGUAUUAUGUCUUUAAGUUUCAGCAGCUUGAACCUUCUUCUUUUUUUCUUUAGAGUUUUUACCAAAAUGUGAGAGGGAAAAAAAAAACUUGAUGACAAAUGUAAAAAUAAUUGUAAGGAAUCAUUUUUUAAAAAACAACUGUCUUGAUAAAUGUGUUUAUUUAAUAAAAUAAGGUCUGACAAAACUUUGUAAAUCAUAAAUUUAUUAGUGUUUGUAUAUUACAAAGCAUUCGUUAGUGUAGAUUCAGCGCUUACUGUAGUUUGACAUUAUGGCACAUAUAUGACAUUUACACUCAGUUACACAAUAAAUACAUAAAAUUCCUCACCAUGAAUCUUUAGAGGAUGAUUUUAUUUAACUUCCUUUUACUAAUUAGAAGAAAUGUUUGCUUCAGUGUUAAGAAAUAAAGAUCCAGCCAAGAAAAAAAAAAAAAAGAUUAAACUGAUCAUUGACGACUGUCCAAACAAAGUCACAGAUUUAGUUGAUAUCAACAAAACAGUGAGUUGUUGUCUGGUCUUAUAUUGCACAUGUUAAAACAAAGCACCCUUAAUAUCUCUACUUAAUUAAUACCUUCACAACUGGCCUAUUAAUGAUAUAUUCCCAUUUUUAAUGAAUCAUAAAAGGAGUUGGUGUUAGAUGCUGGUUUUCAGGAAUAAAAAAAAAAAUAGAGAAAAGGAUUCAGGUCUGUUUAGAAACGAGAAUCUCUUUGUGGAAAUUGUACUUUAACCCACGGCUGCCAGGACAGCGUUCGUACAGAAGCAGCUUCACAGUAACGGCUCAAAACUAGUUAUUGAGCUGAAAUAGUUUUGCAUAGAUCACUUGCAAAAAAAACAAAACACUAAACUGUAACCAAUUAUUCAAGUGACCAUCUCUGUAGGCUGUGUAUUGUUCACAAUAAAUAAGUCUUCAUGUAAAAAUUUGCAACAGAAAACAAGGUAGUUGCACCACAAACACACGAUUCUUUAGUUUAAUUUUAUGGAUAUGAUUAAAAAGUGGAAACUUCUGCUUAACGAGUCUAAUCAAAAUUGAGGCCAAGCAGAUUUGGCGCCAUCAAGGUUCAAUAAAUUCUGCAUGCAAACAGCAGAAGCUAAAAACAGUCAAACAGUUAUACACCUGGGAAACGGAAAGAUCUUUUUUU